CGGCUUUUCAUUAAUAUAGAGCAAACAUGCAAGACAAAAUCGAGACACCAAUUACAAAUCCGAUCGUAAGCCCUAGGAAUAGACUUAGAGUCAGCCACUCAUACAAAGCAACCUGACUCGUUAGAUACAAAACGGGCAAGAUGAAGCCUAAAAUGACCGAAAAUGAAGCAUUGUCUAUCAAAAGUUCUUCAAAAAUCAAAACACUUCAACCAUAUCUGCUCGAACUGAAAUAAAAAUAAGUACUACGAAGAGAAAAAUAAUACGAAAAUAAAAAAUUUCCCCAAAUUGCUUCCUCACACGGAGGUGAUUCCGGAGUAGGGCGAGCUGCUGUAGAGUGUAGUAGUAUGAUAGAAAAGAAUUUCAACCCCCGAAAAAUUCGUCUGAAACCCUAUUUUGGGCUCACUAAUUUGCUCCUAAUUUGCUCCUUGAGAUUUGCCAUUGGAAUCGAUGCCCGAGGUGUGAAAGAAAACUAUAUCAUGUUGCCUUGUGUUUCUUCGCCCACAAAAAUCCAAGCCGCACCCUACCGCCCUUGCGUUCCACUCAGUUGCGGAUUUGGGGCCAGUUUGGCCAGGCGGCUGCCUAGGGCCUCGCAUGCCUAAGGGGCUUCAAAAAAAUUACGAGUACUGGGUAUUGGUAUUAGUAAUAUGUGAUACUCCGCAUGUGUGAUCCAAUUAUCGAAACCGGCAAAUACACUUGGUCCAAUUUUCAGCAAGCAACGGAAUUAAGCAUAUUAAACCUGCAAAUCGGCAAUUGAUUUGCUGCAAAUCCCUAUUCCGCGAUCCCCAAAUCCCAACCACCGUUCUCAAUCGUCAUUCAACCAUAGACGGCCUUCUCACCUUCUUUUCGUCCAUCGAUUGAAUGACGUGCCAUCCGUCGCCGACUUGAGUGUGUGAGUCUAGUUCUCAGACUUCUCAUCUUCCAUUAAUCUCUUACUCUAUAUUACUCUCUUUCUCUGUGUCGUCUUAUUUGAUUGAACAGAAGCAAUAAAGCAGCCUGCUAUUCUGCGAUGGAAUACAAAAAUACGGAGUAAUGGUUAAGCAUUUUUACUUUUUGUGAUUUGACUAUUUGAGGUAAAUUCUUGAAUAGCUAAUGUAUGCAGAGUACUAGCAAAUACUACGUACUAGUGAUUGAAGUGAAGGUGUAACCGUAUAAAUUUAAAUACUUAACUUAUGAUUAUUAAUUAAUUAUUAUAAUUAAAAAAUUAUUGGGUUAAUAUAUAUAAUUAAUAAUGUUGGUUAUAUUACCAUAUUGAUAUUGUCGUAUUGUUUGAAUUCGAUGAUAAAUACAUGAAAUAAUUUUGGCUUGUGUUAAUUUGAUGGAUUGGUUGUUUGAUUUGUCAUUGUCACAAAUAAUUGUAUUGGCAAGUUUUAGUUUUUGUUGUAGUGAUGUUCUUAGUGAUGUUGCACUUCUUAAAGGGAAGAAAAAUAGACCAAUAGGGUGUGUCAAAGUAAGAGCCAAGAGCGGUAAAAGUUUGCGGUGUUUUUACAUAUGCUUGUACUUAAAAAACAUCAUUUUGACAUCCACAUUAUAUGGUGCACUUUGAAAAUGCUUUUUUUAUCAUAUGGUGUUUUUAUUCAAUUUAUUUCUCUCAAGAAUAAUUAUUUGGGCUUAUUCUUAUUGGGCUUCUAAACUGUAUUGGACUGUUAUAUUUUUAGCCUGUUAGUCCUUUAGUAUAAAUAGGCUACUUUAACCUACUGUAAUAGAUGAUUUUCUUUUCUUCUUCUUCGAAUCAAUAAAACUUCUUCCGCUUCUCUUCCUCUCUGCAAUUCACUUCAAAUUCUACAUGGUAUCAGACUAAGGUCUACUUGAUCGAUCCUGAUUCAAUUGUCUUCUCUAAUCGAUUCCUCACAAUCGAUUUCAUCCUUCUUAAUCGAUUUCUAUAAUCGAUCUCUUCCUAAUCGUUUUUUUAUUCAAUCAUCUGCAAAACCCUAACUGCUAUGGCUUCACCGCUAAAUCCGACGGAAGACUCCUCAUCUCCGUAUUAUCUUCAUCCUAGCGAUCACGCUGGGCUUCGAGUCAUUUACGAAACACUCACAGGCGACAACUUUGGUGCAUGGAAGAAAUUUGUUUCCAUGGCUAUGGCGGUGAAGAACAAGAUGUGAUUUCUCGACGGUUCAAUCACAAAACCAAGUCCAGAUAAUCCUAUGUACAUCAACUGGUAUCGUAUCAACGCUCUCCUCUUAUCUUGGCUGAUUUAUUCUAUUUCACCUGCUCUUCGCACUACUUUCUUAUCUUUUACUGAUGCUAAAGAGCUUUGGGAUGAGGUUCAGCUUAGGUAUGGAAAAAUUGAUGGUCCUAGACUUUUUCAUCUUGAAAAAACCCUAGGAAAUCUUUGUCAAGGUUCUCGUAGUAUAACUGAUUACUACAACUGUUUCAAAGAAAUUUGGGAUGAAUACUGUAAUUUCAGAAUUAUUCCUUCUUGUACUUGUGGUCAGUGCACUUGCAAUAUAUCUGAAACCUAUCAAAAAAUUAUCCAGAAAGAGUCUAUUCUUAGGUUUCUUGUUGGUUUGAAUGAUUCUUAUUCUAAUCUGAGAAGCCAAAUUCUUCUUAACACAGAAAAAACUACUCUGUCUAGUAUCUACUCUAUUCUUCUUCAAGAAGAAUCUCAAAGAUCUCUUCAGAAAACUCUUCCUUUCACUACUUCUUUUUCAGAACCUUCUGCUUCUGAAAAGCUCAACAAUGAUGCUACUGCUUUCUUUGUCAAAAAUUUUAAAAAGAAAAGUUCUAUUACCUGUACUCACUGUGGCUAUCAAGGCCAUUCUUCUGAUAAAUGCUUCCAACUCAUUGGUUAUCCUAGUAACCGGAAAGGGCCAAAAGGACAGAGAACUGCUCCUGGUUUUAAACCAAAUCCCAAUCUAAAUAAAAAUCAUCAUGCUCAUUUGGCCACUAAUUCCACUGAACCUGCUAUAACUCCUACCAAUUCAAACAACAAUCAUCAUGCUCCUUUGGUUACAAAUUACACUGAAUCUGCUCCUACUUCUAUCAAUCCAAUUUCUGCUACCACUGAUUUCUGUGAUCCCAAUCUGUAUGAGAAGUUUCUGCAAUUUGUUCAAGCUCAACAAUCUAAAACUGCUUCAGCUAAUGUUGUCACCAUUGCUCCUGAUGAUGAUCAAACUGCUUCUUACUGUGACACAAAAUUUUUAGGUAAACACUUUGCUCUUUCAACUUUUCAAUCUUCUCAAUGGAUUCUUGACACUGGAGCAUCUGACCAUAUGGUUUAUGAUGCUUCAUUAUAUACCACUCCAACUAAACACAUUUCAAUUAAAAUUCAACUUCCUACUGGCAAUUUUAUUUCUGCUACUAAAAUUGGUGAUAUCAAAUUGAAUUCCAAUCUUACAUUACACAAUGUUUUAUAUGUUCCUAACUUUACUUUCAAUCUCAUCUCUAUUUCCAGUUUAACCUCUCAUGAUAAUAUCUCAGUAUAUUUCUCUUCUAACCAUGCUAUCUUGCAGGACCACCUUACCAGCAAAACGAUUGACUUUGCUGAUUUAAGGAAUGGCCUAUACCACUAUACUCCAGACUCAUCUUUAGCUCAUCAUACUCCAACUGUGCAUUCUGCAAAUAGUCAGCAUCAUACUUCAUCUGCUACUCUUUGGCAUUUUAGACUAGGGCAUCUGCCUUUUAAUGAAAUUUACAUGCUUUCUGACUGUAAUGUUUCUGAUAAUGACAAACAAUCUUUACCUUGUGAUAUUUGCCAUUUUGCUAAACAAAAAAAGCUUCCUUUUCCUAUCAGUACUUCUCAUGCUUCUAAUGCUUUUGAUUUGAUACAUAUGGAUGUUUGGGGUCCUUAUAAAGUUACUUCUUAUACUGGUUUUAAAUAUUUUUUAACUAUUGUUGAUGAUUACACUAGAUGUACUUGGGUUUUUCUACUUAAAACUAAAUCUGAGGUAAAAUUUCAUAUGUUGAAUUUCUAUACUUUUAUUGAAACUCAAUUUCAAAAGAAAAUUAAGAUCAUAAGAACUGAUAAUGGUACUGAAUUCUUCUUUCCUGAUUUCUAUAAUUCAAAAGGUAUUGUUCAUCAACUGUCCUGUGUUGAAACCCCUCAACAAAAUGGUAGGGUUGAAAGAAAACAUCAACACAUUUUACAAAUUGCUAGAUCUCUUCUUUUUCAAUCUUGUUUUCCUAUAACUUUUUGGUCUGAUUGUAUACUUACUGAUGUGCAUAUAAUCAACAGAUUACCCACUUCUAUUCUUCAUAACAAAUCUCCUUUUGAAAUGCUUUAUAAUCAUGCUCCAGAUUAUAAUCAUUUAAAGGUUUUUGGUUGUUUGGCUUUUGCUUCAACUAUUUCUUCUAAUAGAACUAAGUUUGAUUCUAGGGCACAUAAAUGCAUCUUUAUUGGAUAUUCUUUAGGUUCUAAAGGAUACAAAUUAUAUGAUUUAACUACUCAUAAAACUUUUAUUUAUAGAAAUGUUAAGUUCUAUGAAAUGAUUUUUCCAUACAAGACUCAACAUACUAAAAAUAAUUUGGAUUCUGAUUUCACAAAUACACAAAAUAAUAAUAUUUUUAAUGACUAUUUAAACAAUCUCACUAAUUCACUUACUCAAAAUGCAAAUGAUUCUAAUAAUAAUAUCACAAAUUACUUGGACACUCAAAUCAAUGAGGAGGUAAAUUUGUUUAAUUCUGAUGAUAAUAACUCUAUUGCUAAUGAUUAUUCUAGUUUGUUGAACACAGAAAGUUCUCAGGUUCAUGACAGUAUGUCUGAACAAAAUACUCAAAGGAAAUCUACUAGAGUAAGAUCCAUUCCUAUUCAUUUAAGAGAUUUUGCUCAUGAUCUUCCUAAUUCUAUCAUUCCAGGUAAUCCUAAUUCUUCUUGUAAAUUGGUUAGAUAUCCUAUUCAAAAUUACAUUACUUAUAACAAAUUAAAUAUUUCUCAUCACUGUUUUAUUGCAUCUCUUUCUAAGAUUCCAGAACCAAAAUCUUACAAACAAGCUGUAAAAUUUACAGAAUGGAAAAAUGCUAUGAAUGAUGAAAUUAAAGUCCUUGAAAAUAAUAAUACUUGGGUUCUUGUUGAUCUUCCUGCUAAUCAACAUACUAUUGGUUGCAAAUGAGUUUUUAAAACAAAACUUAAAUCUGAUGGUUCUCUUGAUAGAUAUAAAGCUAGACUGGUAGCCAAAGGUUACACUCAAGAAGAAGGCCUUGAUUACUUUGAUACUUUCUCUCCAGUUGUAAAGUUAACCACUGUAAGAAUUCUUUUAGCUAUUGCCAGUUCUAAAAAUUGGUACUUACAUCAAUUAGAUGUAAAUAAUGCUUUUUUACAUGGUGAUUUGAAUGAAAACAUUUAUAUGCAACCCCCUCCUGGUUAUUUAGAAACUAAUGAUACUAGAGUUUGUAAACUUCUUAAAAGCUUAUAUUGUAACACCGACCCUGAGCAUAUUUACUUUUAGUAAAUUAUGUAAUAAACCUUGAAAGAUGAUUUAUGAAUUUGCGUAAUUGUAAAUUUUUAUUAUUUCUUUUACGUGAAUAGUAAAUUGCAUGUGGGGCCCACAGCGGGAACGGGGACCGCCCGAUAAUUCCCGAACCACAUAUUAUAUUCAUCUUGGUCUAGAUAAUAUAUAUAUGGUGGUGGAUAUUUUAUUUGGGCCAUAAGAAAGGCAUGGAGUUGACCGGUUGGUCAAACGGGGCCCAAUUACCGGUAUUGGUGAUUUAGCGGAUAACAGCCCGAAAUGAGUUUCGGGGACUCCUAAAUUAAUGUUGGGGAAUGUACAUCGUUUCUAAAGGCCCAAACAUUGUUGGGAACGCGUGGUAUAUUUUAUCCGGCCCGAUAAAAUAAAAUAUGACUAAAGUAGUCCGAAAAAUACAACUUUCGGGGCCGAUUGGACACACCGGGACAUAACGGGAUGACCUCCCACCAAAGUGGGAGCCACCCCACGUUUUUGUUUGCUCCAAUUGACUGAAUGGGAGCUGGAAGAGACAAAGAAGGGGGGCUGGGUUCGGACUAUGGGUAGAGGGGAUGGAUGGAGGCCAAAUCCCAUGUCCUAUACAAUAACUCCCCAUUUGAUUGAGGAGAGUUGUCUCCUAUCAUUUCUCACCCUCAAUCAUACGACCAAGGCAAGGAAAGGAGCUCAGGAGAAGACCCUCACAAAGCUCAUAGCUUGAAGGAAGCAAGGAGCAAAGGAAAUCCAACCCAAAAAGGCUAGGAAUUAAGGGGUCGAAAUCGUCGGAAACCGCCACUUUAAGGGAGCUGCCCGUUUUCUGCAGAACACGAAAGCCGCCCGGCUUUCGUGAAAUCCGCCCGGCUUUUGCCCAGGCAGUCCAGCUUUGCCUUUCAAUCGGCCUAGAACGGGGAUUGAUCGAGGGGCGUAACAAAGGCAACUAUUGUAGCACAUCACGAGUUUCAGGUAGAACUUGAAGGUCGCUGCCAUUGCCCGUUGCUUCGGGAGGAAUCAAGGGAAGAAGACGUGGUUCGUGCUUCUCCCGUUCUGUUUUAAAAACAAUUACAUUAAUGCUCAUGGAUAAUAUUUUCUGAAUAAUUACUUUGGGGGCUUGCAUGCCUAGUUAUGCCAAGUGUGGCUUGAACAAUUGUAUUAAUGCUUCCGCUGU